AACCAUAGUAAAAAUCUCUAAAAUUGUACUGUUGGUAAUCCUGUGUUACUUUUUCCUUUAUCUAAAUUCAUUUCUCUUAAAACAAUGAUAUUCAAACGUCGAAUAAUAUACUGGUUGUGAUAGGUGAAACUCCUAUGUCAUCAUCAAGAAAAAUUAAAAAUGCCAAUCUUUGAUUUCUUUCGAAAUUUCUUCAUUGGAGGAAAUAGAGAAGAUUUUGGAGACGAAGGGAAACAUAGUUUUCGUAAUCCCAUUUGGCAAAAUGAUGAAGAUGACAAUGAUGACGAUGACUUCAGACAUCUUGGUAGAAGUAAUGUACAUGUUCAUAUUUUCAAUGAUCCCAAGGAAAUGGCAUCUUAUUUUGAAUCACAAUUCGAUAAUAUAAUAAAUAGUAUUUUCUCAAGUUUUGAUGAUAGUAAAAUUUUCUCUCUACCAGGUAGUAUAGAAGAGUUACCAAAUGCAGGACAGAGUAAUAAUAGUUUGCGUGAUAAAAUGUUAAAACCUGGUUAUGAAAAUCCAGAUUCUUAUGAUCAUGAAAAACUCAAAGUAGAUGCAGAUUUAGAUGGAAAAAUUUCUGCUGACAACCUUUUUAAAUUUUGGAAUGAGCCUAAUGACACAAAAGUGGUACCGUCUUACACCAAUCCUUCUACAAACCAAUCUUAUCGAAGUUCCAAAUUUGUUACCAAAAGAUUUAUACAUGCACCAGAUGGUACUAUAGAACAACAUCAGAUAGUAAAAGAUAGUGAAGGUAAUGAAGAAAAGAUAAUUUCUAAACAGAUUGGUGAUAAAAAAUAUGUUGUUACCACAAAGAGAGAUAAAAAUGGUGUAGAAACCAAAGUAGAAGAUUUAAUUAACAUAGAUGAGAGUGAGUUGAAAAACUUUAAACCAAAUAUAGAACAAACUUGGGGAUCCAUAUAUAAUCAUUAUAGUAAUACUAGUAGCAUUUUAAAUUAUUUACCAUGGGAUCAUUUUUUUGGUCCAAAUCCAAAAUUAUAAUAUCUUUAGUAGCAUGUAGGAUGACUGUUCUAACAAGGGAUAUCGUUUCCAUAUACUAUCCUUUAUAAUGGGCUACAUCUACUAAAAACUCUAUAUGCUUGUAGUUAAUAAUACAUUAUAAAAUAAAUAUAAAAUAAAUCAA